CCAUCAACAGGAGGAACAAAUACUGACGUUUUCUGAAGUUUUUUUUACCAUUGAGACUAACACUGUUUUGUGUAAAUAUGAGCGCUGCACCGCGAACAUUGAACGAUUUAGUCGAAGAGAUUGAAGAGACUGAGAACACUGAUCAAAAUAGAAAACCCAAAAACUUCGUGCACGAAUUGUUAGUGACUGUAUCGAAAAUGUGGAGUUCAGCCUUUGAAACGAUCGACGAAAUAUUGGAUGAUAUCGGCGCUUAUGUUUUCUUAGAUAGAAUCGCGAAGCAACUGGCAAAACAUCCAUUCUUAGCCUUCGGUGCAUCGAUUUUGAUAAUAUCCAUUACGUUGCCGUUCAUCAUGUUUUUGAUAUUUGCCAUAAUCACCGUGAUAAUGACAUUUUUCGGAUUCGUCAUCCUCGAAGGUACACUCAUAACAAUAGCCUCAGUUUUGCUGUUCGGCUUUCUCGGUUCCGUCGUGAUAUUGUUCGUGCUGUUCGGAUCGGUUAUCCUGGCCGGAUAUUUUGGUUUCAUGCAAAUUUACGACCUGAUUUAUCCGAAAAAUUUGUACAUUAAAUUCCGCCAACCGCAUCGUCACAGCCAUGCGCAUAUACAUCAAUAUCAAACUCGUACGCUAGAUGGUCACAAUUAAUGAGACUGAUGAAAGCUGCCGAUCAAUGUGAUAGAACGGAUUCGUUCGGGUUCGCUUUUAUUAACUUUUUUUAAGCCAAAAAUAUUUUUUUGUACAAUGACCGACGUUACAGUUUGUGUCCUACUAUUGUUUAAGUUAGUGCUGAAAGCCAAUUUGUUUUUGUCGAUUUUUUUAAUAAUUGGAAAUAAAGUUGGCUCAUUGCAUUGGGGAAAAAA